AUGGCGUCUUCGAGGAAAUGGGCUCGUACCAUAUCUCUUAUUGCUUCUAGGAUAUAUUUCCUUUUGAUUAUCUUUCAAAUUCCACUCUUCAGGAUCCCAUGUAGAAGUGGAAUAUGUAGGACACCUAUACAAGUGACAUGUUCACAAUUGAUUGCAAGUGAACUCCUUCCUAGAAUUGUGGUGAAGGCUCUACUAUAUCCAGGGGCAAUUGCGAAUGCUUUGUUUAAGAGCAAAACCAUCCCAAGCUAUAACAACUUGCUCGAGUUAUAUAAUUUGACCAAUAUGAAGGUAGCUCUUGCGACAUCAGAUCUCCAUCGCAUAGAGCUUCUUGCAGGGAGUUACUUAUCGGUUGCAGGAGCAAUUUUAGGUCUCAUAAAACCACGAAGGUUGAGCCUCUUCGGAACACUUCUUAUUCUAUGGGGCCUUGUUAGGGAAGCGAUGAGAAAAUCUGCUGACAGAUAUCUCACGGAAGCCAUUUAUAUCUACCCAACAAUGCUGAUAGCUGUGGUUUUUGCCUUCUUGUCUAUAAGAAAGGAUGUUAGAAAGAUAGUUCGAAGCUACAAAGAUAAGAGACAUGCAAAUUAUUCAUGCAGCCAUUUAAAAGCAAAACAGGGAUUUGAGGUUGUGCUGCCAGAUAAGGCAACUAUGGAACAUACUGUUAUUCCCGCAAUUGAAGCUUUAAGCAGAAAGGACAUGGAAGGAGCGAGCAACCUGUUAAGAAUCUCUCUCCAAGUUCUUUUGGUGAGGGCAGUAAACUCCGUCAUCAUUGCCUCUGAUGAUAUUGCCUCAGAACAAUCCACUUUUUAA